ACCGCAGAAUUCUGUAAGCUUCAGUAAAAGUAUCUCCAGGUGAACAUGGUCAAGCUGCUGGACCUCCUGUCCCUCUGUGUCCUGCUGUCCAUCAUCGCCGUGGUGCAGGGAGCCAGGCAGAGUCAGGACAUCAGGUGUGGAGCGUGCAGAGCGUUGGUGGACGAGAUGGAAUGGGCCAUAGCGCAGGUCGACCCUAAGAAAAUGAUCCAAACCGGUUCGUUCCGGAUCAAUCCUGACGGCAGCCAAUCGGUUAAAGACGUUCCGUUUGCUCGUUCAGAAGGUCAUCUCCUGGAGCUGAUGGAGGGAGUGUGUGAGAAGAUGAAGGAUUACGGCGAAACCUUGGAUCCUGUCACCAACCGGAAGAAGUAUGUCAGGUUCAUGGCACGUGAAGGCACGUCUGAGGACGUCUCGAACGUCUCCUACGACUCCAGAGUCGUGUCCAGCUUGAAGUUCGCUUGUGAAACCAUCGUGGAGCAGAACGAAGACGAGAUCAUCGAAUUCUUCUCUCACGAGACGGACAACGUUAAAGACAGACUCUGCAGCAAGAGAACCGAUCUGUGUGACCAUGCGCUGAAGAUGCCUCACGACGAACUUUAACAUCAUCAUCAUCUUCAUCCUCCUCAUUCAUCACGUCACAUGCAGUGGGAUUAGAUUCGAACUUUUAGCACGGAUUAAAAACGGAGACGUGUCUGA